AGCGUUUUACAGCAUCGGGGCAGCGGUUGGACACAAGUGAUGAGCUACUAACUCCCGAUGAGACCAUAACUACGAUGAGCGCGCGGCCGCGGCUGUGAGCCGGUCGGAACCGGAUCCGUCAGCUGAGGAGAAACAAACAAGCGUUUCUCAGCUCGUUGGGGCUGCGCUGAUAGAGGGGCAGCGUUUGUGUAACUCCGUGCAGGAAGGACCACAUGUGUGUUCAUGACUUCACAUGCAAACACACGCUGCUUUAAGAUGUUGCUCUUUGUGUUAAAGGGCCCCACUGCUCCAGGUCUCUGGACCCACAUCUGACAGCAGACAUCCGCAGGUGAUCUGGUGGAGUCAGACUCUUCGGGCGCUCACACAGCUCCGUCAUGGCGUCCUCAUUGAUCAGCCGUCACUUUGCUCUCCCCCUGCAGAAGCACCUGUGGCUCAGUGCUCCAGGCUGUCGGUAUGUCAGUAAGGCGGCGCCAAAGACCCAGGUGGAGUAUGACUACGAUGGGCCCUCCAUGAAAACCUCCGUUCCUGGACCACGAUCACAAGAGCUUACAAAGCAGCUGGGAGACAUCCAGAAUGUUGGUGCGAUCAACUUCUUCUGUAACUAUGAUGAGAGCAGGGGGAACUACCUGGUGGAUGUGGACGGCAACCGCAUGCUAGAUAUCUACACUCAGAUCUCCUCCAUCCCAAUCGGCUACAACCACCCGGCUCUCAUCAAGCUGAUGUCCGAUCCAAGCAGUCUGAGUACACUCGUGAACCGACCUGCUUUGGGAAUCCUGCCUCCGGAGAACUUUCCAGACAAACUCACAGAGAGUCUUCUCUCGGUGGCUCCCAGUGGAAUGUCCCGGGUUCAGACAAUGGCCUGCGGCUCGUGCUCCAAUGAGAAUGCUUACAAAGCAAUGUUCAUCUUGUACAGGAACAAGGAGCGAGGCCACAACAACCCGUCUGAGGAAGACCUCAGCAGCUGCAUGGUGAACCAGGUCCCAGGUUGUCCAGACCUCAGUAUUUUAUCUUUCAUGGGAGCUUUCCAUGGAAGAACCAUGGGUUGCUUGGCAACGACACACUCUAAAGCGAUCCACAAGCUGGACGUGCCAUCGUUUGAUUGGCCGAUCGCUCCGUUUCCAAAACUGCAGUACCCGCUGGAGGAAUUUACCAGAGAGAACGCUCAGGAGGAGGCUCGCUGUCUGGAGGAGGUGGAGGACCUGAUUGUGAAAUGGAGGCAGAAGGGGAAGCCAGUGGCUGGCAUUGUAAUUGAACCGAUCCAGGCUGAAGGUGGAGAUAACCACGCCUCCCCAGACUUCUUCAGAAACCUCCGCAACAUCGCACGCAAGCAUGGCUGUGCUUUCCACGUGGAUGAAGUCCAGACCGGUGGAGGGAACACAGGGAAAUUGUGGGCUCAUGAGCACUGGGGCAUGGAUGACCCUGCUGACAUUGUGUCCUUCAGCAAGAAGCUUCUCACUGGAGGCUACUACCACAGAGAUGAGUUACAGGCUGAUAAGCCGUAUCGCAUCUUCAACACGUGGAUGGGCGACCCAUCAAAGAACCUGCUCCUGGCUGAGGUUCUAAAUGUGAUCCGCAGAGAGAACCUUCUGGAGGAGGUGACCCGCUCUGGGAAAGCCCUGCUUAACGGCCUUUAUGACCUACAGGCUCAGUUCCCCGGCCUACUGAGCCGAGCUCGAGGACAGGGAACCUUCUGCGCCAUUGAUAUCUGUGAUGAUGCCACACGCAGCAGUAUCCUGCUCAAGGCCAGAGAUAAAGGUGUCCUCCUGGGAGGUUGUGGGGAUCGGUCGAUCCGUUUCCGUCCAUCGCUGGUUUUCAAGGAAUACCACGUGCACAUCUUCCUCAACAUCUUCAGCGAGGUGUUGGCCCAGCACAAAUAAAUAGUGACCAUGAAGGAACCAGACUGCAUGAGCCUGAGUUAAUCCAGAAUGGAAGGAGGAAACUCCAGACAGUCUGUGUCGUGAUAAGCACAAUCCCCACAAUUACUCACAAUUCAGAUCUAUUAGCCAAUCCUCAUCUCUUUAGCCAGAAAUGAUGUCCUCUUUGCUUGUGCUGCCGUAAAGCUGAACUCAGAAUUUCCCAGAAUGCUCUGUAAAACAGAGCUAUGGAAAUAAGUCCAGAAUCAUUCUCAUCUCUUACUUGCAGACUGACUUGACUUUGGAGGACAUCAAUGCCAGAUUGUACAUCGCUACCUUUUCCCACCCUGUUCUAGCAUUAGAUAAAUGUAAAUAAGACAUGGGAAAUCCCAACUCCUAAUCAACCUCACUGAUUGGCUCAGAACAGAUUAUUAUGUAUGACAUUCAGUCACUGGGGGGAUUCCAGUUAGCAUGUACAGUAUGUGUGUGGAGAAGACACCCAUUCUGUGUCAGGGAAGGCUUAAUGUAGAAGCACAUAUUACAGCUAUGACCUGCAUGUCAUUUAAUGCCGUCCAUUAGAAACGUCCUUGUGAUGACUCUGUGUUGCUCUUAAUAGGAAUGAAUUUUGAAAUGUUAUAGCCCAGAAAAAAUAUGAAUCUUAAAUGGACCAUGACAAUGUCAUAGAUUGUUUAGUGCCUGCAUGUCACUUACAUGUGCUAAUUUUUGUAUUAUCCUAUUUUUUAAUGCUCUAUUGGGAGCAGACAUCGGUAAACUCAGUUGAACUCAAAGGUUUCAUAUGUUGCCAGAAUGAAUUGUCAGUUUGCAUCCAGCUUUGAAAGGCUUCUCUAGUUCAGCCUGACCGGAGGUUCCCACUGCGUCUGCCCCUCAGUGCAGGAGACAGACCCAAACACCGAUGGCCUAUUAGCAAACUGUUCAUUGAGCAGCAAUUAGAUCAUAAACAAUACAACAAUGUAGAUCAUAAAGGCUUGAACAACAUUACAGCAUACAUUUUCUCUGACCAAGCGUUUUUUUCUUCUUCUACUGAUUCACUUACUGAACACCUACGUAAGACCUUGGUCAGUGUUUGGUGGAGCUUUUGGGCAAGUGUGUAGCAGUUAAUAAAACAUGUAGUCAUUCAUUUCUUUCUGAUUAUUACUCAUCAUAAAUAUAUAUAUGAAUAUUAUGUACAUUUUUUACAUUUAUUUUGCAGAAAUUAUGUUAGCCAAAUGUAAUUUGUUCUACAUAACUUACACAGGGAUCAGAAUCUUGUAUAGACAUCGGUUUAAAAGGAGAUUUGAUGAAGAAAGAACUGCAGGGUGUCCAUGUGUCCAAUAUGAUGGUGAUGACAACAGUGUCGGUAUUCCAUGUAUCCAUCAUGACCUUCUUUAAUCAUUUUUGACAUUAACUAUUAUCACUUGUGAUCCGAGAUACAUGGUUAUCAAUGUAAUUUUUUUAGAUGGCUCUAACUGUUGUCCAUUUGUGGGGAAUAAACAAAGUUUUGAGUACA